AUGACACGUUUCGCUCCUCUAGAGCCCAUCGCCGUCUGUGGCAUGGCCGCCCGACUGCCUGGUGACGUACAGACACCGGCCGAGUUCUGGGACAUGCUCAUCUCCAAGCGCAACGGACUUGUCGAUUGGCCUCCCAGUGGACGAUUCGACGCCGCCGGCUUCCAAAGCCGGCUUCCCGCUAAGAACACGCUCCAGGCGCCGCAGGCUUACCUUCUGAAUCAUGUGUCGCUAAGCGAUUUUGACACUAGCUUCUUUCCCGUUGGCGCCAAGGAGGCAUCGCGAAUGGAUCCGAUGCAACGCCAGCUCCUCGAGGUUGCCUACGAGUGCGCCGAGAACGCCGGUGCCGGGGGGCUGGCUCACGACAGCGCCACCCGCAAAGAUGUUGGCGUCUUCGUCGGCGUCUUCGGCGAGGACUGGCUGCAGGAGAAUGUCAUGGACAGCCAGCUGGCUGGCCUGUACCGCGGGACGGGUUUCCUCGACUUUCUGCAGGCAAACCGCGUCAGCUUCGCUAUGGGCUGGCAGGGGCCCAGCAUCGUCGUAAAGACGGGUUGCUCAGCCAGUCUUGUGGCGCUCGACAUGGCCUGCCACAGCCUGCGGGCCGGCGAGUGUUCUGCAGCCGUUGUCCUUGGCGUCAACCUUAUAACCUGCCCGCUCAUGACCCUUUUGUACACGGCGCAGGGCCUGCUUAGCCCCUCUGGCAUCUGCAAGACCUUUGACGCAGCCGCCGACGGCUACGGGCGUGGCGAGGCUGUUAACGCCGUCUUCCUGCGGCGCAUCUCGGACGCCAAGAGAACUGGCGACCCCAUCAGGGCACUGGUGCGAGCAAGCGCCACAGGUCAUGACGGCCGCAAGUCCGGACAGCUCAAGCCAGACACUAUGGGGCAGGAGGUGUUGAUACGCAAGGCGUACGCACUGGCAGGCAUUCCCGAUUCGCAGUUCGGAGAGACGGCGUGGAUCGAGUGCCACGGCACAGGCACCGCCGUCGGCGAUCCGAUCGAGCUGCGGUCUGUUGCAAACAUCUUUGGCCAACAGGGCAUCAUCGUCGGAAGCGUCAAGCCAAACGUCGGCCACUCGGAGGGCGCAGCCGGACUGACAGGCCUGAUCAAAGCUGUUUUGUCCCUCGAGCACGGUAUCAUACCCCCCAACAUCUUUUUCGAUACGCCCAACCCUUUGAUUCCCUGGGCGGAUGCUCGACUCCAGGUUCCCGUUGACGCCCUGCCGUGGCCUACAGGCCGUAGGAAACGCGUGAGCGUCAACUCGUUCGGCGUAGGGGGCUCCAACGCCCAUGUUAUACUUGAGGCCGCUUCCACUGGGAGGCCAAAGUCGAAUCCUCGUCCACCUGGUCAAGUAAAGUCCCAUGUCCUAUUAUUCAGUGCCACCCACCAGUGGUCACUGCAGAAGCAGAUUCUUCGUCACCGGGACUAUCUCCUCCUCCGAAUGUCGUCGGCGGCGCAGCAUCAUGAUGUGAAUAGUCUUCUUAGCGAUAUGGCGUAUACACUGGGUUGCCGCCGUCGUCACUUUUCACUGCGGACGUACGCUAUCGUUCGCGGUCAUCAGGAGCCCACAGACAACCAAGACGGCUCCAAACUAAAACCGGCCGAUGAGCUGCUUAGCUUCAAUGAAGCUGGCCAUUCCAGUCAACUCCAAGACAACACGCCGCCGCCUCGGGUCGCUUUCGUCUUCACGGGCCAAGGGGCUCAGUCGGCCCGUAUGGGCUACGAGCUUCUCCGUGAUAACAAGGUGUUUGCUGACAGCAUCCAUUACUUGGACCAGUGUUUGACUGCGCUCCCUGACAGCUUGUCGCCGGAAUGGACACUCUUCGAUGAACUUUCUCGAGCAGCCUCAGCCAGCCGCCUUCACGAAACGAAAUACUCGCUACCUUGCUGCAUCGCCAUUCAGAUCAGUUUGGUCAACGUAUAUCGUGCCUGGGGCGUCCUUCCCGUAGCUGUUGUCGGCCACUCCAGCGGCGAAGUUGCCUCAGCUUACGCUGCUGGUGUUCUAUCUGCUCGUAAAGCAAUCAUCAUCGCCUAUCUUCGCGGCAUGGUAAUGUCCGAGGCCACGGUGCAACCAGGUGCCAUGGCCGCCGUUGGUCUGGGUCCCGAGGAAACGGCAAGGUUCCUCGCUCCUGGCGCUGUUGUUGCCUGCGAGAACAGCCCGAGUAGCACGACCGUCUCUGGCGAUACAGACUCGGUACAAGAGACCCUCCGGAAGGUUUCCGAGGCCGACCCGCAGAUCAGGUGCCACAAGCUCAAAGUGGCGACGGCCUUCCACUCCCACCACGUCAGGGCUAGUGCUCUCAAGUACGAGGAGCUAUUGCGGCCAUUCCUGGACGUGGAAAGUAAUGGCAGCUCCUCGUGUGCGCUGUAUAGUAGCGUCACAGGGUCUUUUCACAAACACCCUUCAUAUCUGAUGCAGAAUGCGCAUCACUGGAGAGACAGCCUCGAGAGGGUCGUACUUUUUCGGCAGGCUUUGGAAGCGCUUGUGCUUCGGGAGCAUUCGCUCCAACCGGAGAAUGACUUGCUGCUCAUCGAGAUUGGGCCUCACCCCGCCCUCAGAAGUGCCAUUUCGCAGACGCUCGCAGCUCUAGACCUGCCGUCUUCGGGACCGAAGGUGCAUUACAUCCCUACCCUACGCCGCGGCGAGAGAGCCGACGAAGGCUUGCUGCAUUCAAUAGGGGAACUGUACGUGCGGGGAGUUCUCGCCGAAGUCAGCAUGGAGGCCAUAUUUAAACAAGAGGGGGUUUCUUGUCUGAUCGACCUACCUCCUUAUGCGUGGCACCACGGCGUCAAGCACUUCGACCCGCCGCGUGUAGCUAGGGUCUACAAGAGCGCACAGCGUCUUCCUCACGAGCUGCUUGGCGCUCGUGUUCCAGACGCCACGGAUGUUGAGCCGUGCUGGCGCUGCGUACUAGAGCCGGACGACCAGCCCUCGUGGCUAGGCCACCACAUCGUCGACGGCAGGACUGUCUUCCCUGCCGCCGGGUUCAUCGCCAUGGCCGGCGAGGCCAUCAGAAGACUCGGUUCUGGCUGUAAUGUCGCCAGUGCUAAGGGUUACAUCGUGCGUAAUGUUGCCAUCAAGACGGCGCUGGUUGUGCCUCCGGGGUCGACGGUUGAGCUUUUCACGCGGCUCUCGCACGCUGAAGACUACGUCGACGUCGAUGCAGAAGCUCUCGGGCGUGAAAGGGUGUGGUACGAAUUUCACAUCAUGGCUCUCGUGCCAGACCGAGACGGCGACCGAUGGACCAGUCACUGCCGUGGCCUGGUGGCUAGUAAUACCGCGUUCGCGUCCGAUGAGGCAGCAGCUCGUACCUGGGCGUGGAGCGGCAACAACACACUCGACGACAGCUUUGUGCGCAGCGUCGACACAUCUGAUUGGUACUCUAUUGCCGACUCGAUCGGCUUGUCGUACGGUAUCUCACUGCAGGGCCUCGACGACAUUGUGGCGUCAACCACUCGUCUGGCGGCUUCGGCGACGGUAUACGACGACGCCGUUGACGACGAAGCUGACUACGCGCUGCACCCGACAGUCUUGGACCUGGCGCUGCAGCUCAACCUAGUUGCAAUGUGCCAGGGAGUCCGGGAGAAGUGUGAUCUGCUUUUACUGCCCACGUACGUGGGGGAGCUUAUCGUAGGGGAGGCAGAGCGGCCGCAACAUGACGAAAUCAACUCGGAAAGCAAGAAACUGAAUCUACUGGCCGAGGUCCGUUGGGUCGAUGUGGGCAAAAGCCUAGAGGGCACCGUCACCGUCGCCGACGGUAGUGGCAUCCGUGACGGGGUGCAUCGAGGACCAGCUCCGCACCGAUUGACCAUUGCGAACGUCAAGUUCAUGGCCAAGCCGAUGGCCCACCGCCGUGGCGUGCCUGAAGACGACCCGACAGCGUCACAGCUCCGCCUCGCGUCCGUCUUUGAAUGGGCCCCAGACGCCGAGCUUAUCGAUCCUGAUAUUGUAGGCUCGGCCCUCGACAUGAUCCGGCUACUUUCAUUCAAGAACCCGCGCAUCCGCGUCUUGGUGGUUGGCUGCAACGGCGACGUGUCCCUGGCACGCGCCGUUGCGAAUGCCCUCGAGAACCAGGUCAUGUCUGACGGUGAGGUUGCGGCGACCCUGACAUACGCGGCCGCCUCGCCGACGGAGCUCAGCCUAGCUAAGCAGGCUUUGGAAGAAAAUGGUCGCGCAGGGCUAGCGGUGGGAACACUAGCAUUCACGGACAUAUUACAAGGCUUGCCCGGGAAUGCGCCUGAAGCAGAGAGGCCGUUUGAUCUUGUCCUCGUAGACGGGGCCAUAGCCUUAGCUGAAAUGUAUUCGGCCCUCAUCCACGCCCGGCAGGUUUCCAUCUUGUCUUCCGGUGGAUAUCUUCUGGCAGAACGGUGUGGCGAGAAGGCCCAAAGGAAGCUGCAAGAUCUUGGUCUGACACUUGUGAACCGAUACGACUCAUCAACCUCUACAGGGAAUAUAGAGUUGACCAUUGCGCGACAAAGCCACGAGUCCCGAACCCCAAGGGCAAGACAUGUCAUCAUACUAGCGACGCCUGCGCUCGACAACUUGGCCCGGGCACUUCAGAUUAGUCUGGAAGAAGACAGCGGGAUACGUUCCGAAAUCCAGUACUGUGUUCCGGAAGGCCCAGCACCGCCGCCCAUGAGCGGCAACUACGGCGAGAACAUCAUCAUUGUAUCGAUGUUGUACCUGCAGCAGCCAUUGGAAGAGUCGGCACUGAGACCUGAAUCCUUCCGCGGCUUCUUCGACAUGCUCCUCGCGGCUCGAACGCCCAUAGUUUGGCUCCUGCCACCUCUCCAGCUCGGAAGCACGUGUCUAACGGCACUAUCGCCGUGCCGCCGUCCCGACGCUGCAUGCCUGAUCGGCCUUGCACGCACCGCUCGCAACGAGAAUCCCUCGCUGAACAUCACUACCGUCGAGCUGGACGCCGAUUCAACGCCCCCCCCGAAAGCAUCAGGAGCCAUCUCCCGCAUCGUCGGGAGGCUGCUUUUGGCUUGGUCGGGUCCAGGAGACGGGCCUGACAUGGACCGCGAACUCGGCAUCACGAACGAUGGAACCGUCUUGAUUCCUCGUAUGACAUGGUCGUCGCUCGAGGACGCUGAGGCAGCAGCCCCCACGCUUAUCGGUAGCACAGAGUUGGGCAGAAACGACGUGUCCAUGUUUCGGAACGAGGCAAGCUACUUAAUCGUCGGAGGCCAAGGCGGCCUCGGGAAAUCUCUCUGCCGCUGGAUGGCCGCACGGGGAGCCCGCUGCCUGGUCCUCAUGUCACCCUCAGCUGCCGCUGCACCGGAUGCGGCCACGGUCUCCUUUGUCGAUGAUUUAAAACUCACCUUCGGUUGCGCUGUCGUCCGUGUGGGCGGCCGCGCAGAGCACCGCCCAGACGUCGAGCGCGCCGUUGCCGCCGCCGAACAAGCAUCCCCGCGAGGUCUCGCCGGCAUUUUCCAUAUGCCCAUGGUACUCCGCGACCGGCCGAUGAAGGACAUGACCUGGGAAGACUGGACCACCGCCGUCGAUCCCAAGGUGCGCGGCGCGUGGAACCUACACAAUAGUAUACAGGGCCGGCGGGAGGCAAUGCUCGACUUCUUUGUUCUCUUCAGCUCCGUAAGCGGCAUCGUUGGCCAACACGGCCAGGCCAAUUACAACGCAGCUAAUACUUUCCUUGAUGCCUUCGUACUGUACCGCCGGGGCCUCGGGCUCCCGGCGAGCGUGCUUGACAUUGGCAUCGUCGGGGACGUUGGGGUUGUGGCUCGUGACGCGAUGCUGGCGGAUCAGUUCCGCAAAGCCGGCUACGUCUUUAUAGGACAAGAUACCGUUAUGCGGGCCGUAGGCAUUGCCAUUAGUCCUUCGGCACCACACCAGCUUGUCGUAGGCAUGUCUCGAGAUCCUCAAGUGGACAAUACCACACGGGCAGUCUUGUGGAAACGCGACCCGCGGAUGGCUAAGGCAUCCUCUGGCUCGGCUUUAAGCUCAGGAUCGAGCAAGGCCGACGCAACUAGAAGAGAGACGCGUGAGAUUGCCUCAUGGGCUAUUGAGGAGCCCGUUGGUCUGGUGACGGAAGAACGGCGGGUGCGUCUGGCGUCGUGCCUCGGCAGGGCUGUCUACGAGGUGCUGGCGAGGCCGUUGGAGCAGCCGCCACUGACGAGAAACAUCAAUUCGCUUGGUCUAGACUCCUUCGCUGCCGUCGAGCUAACGUCCUGGAUCCAGCAGCAUUUUCAUAUACAGGUCUCGACCAUGGAGUCCAACACUGACAUCAGCUUUCUGAUGCUGGCUGAUCUCGUCAUGGAUAGGAUGGUGGAGCAACACAGGCAGGCGACCCAGCCUAACACCAAACGUUCCCUAGCCUAA